CAGUGUCUUCAUUAUGAUGGGUGUGUCUUUGGUGUGAUUGACAGCUUGCGCUAAAAGGAAUGGACUACAGUGAGGGAAGGAAAGAGUAGACCACGCCCCUCAAAGAUCAUGAGGCUCAACUCAUCCUGAAUCGCACACACUGCACACAAUCACACAAACAAACUUCCUCGACAUGGGCUCUGUGUACCUGUGGAAGUUGUCCUCCCAAAAGCUGGGAUUCUUCCUGGUGAGUUUCGGCUUCAUUUGGGGGAUGAUGCUGCUUCAUUUCACCAUCCAGCAGAGGGUGACGCAUGAAAGCAGCACACAACUACGUAUGCAAAUAUUGGACCUCAGCAAGCGAUAUAUCAAAGCUCUCGCCGAGGAGAACCAAAGCGUGAUGGACGGACCUUACGUAGGCACCAUGACGGCAUACGAUCUGAAGAAGACUCUAGCUGUUCUUCUGGAUAAUAUAAUGCAGAGAUUAUCAAAGCUGGAGUCUAAAGUGGACAAUAUCAUGUACAACGGCACCAGUAGCAACCUGACCAACGGAACUGGGACCCCUGGACCGAACCCUGUCAACCCAGAGAAAGUCAACGUGGCAGACUUGCUGAAUGGAGCACAGGAAAAAUGUGAACUACCCUUGCUUGACGGGUUUCCGCAUUGUGAAGGGAAGUUGAAGUGGAUGAAGGACAUGUGGCGUUCGGACCCCUGCUACGGCAACUACGGAGUGGACGGAUCCACCUGUUCCUCCUUCAUUUAUCUGAGUGAGGUUGAAAACUGGUGCCCUCGCCUGCCAUGGAGGAUCAAGAAUAAUGCUGAUGAAGCUGACAGAAAAACACAGACGGAGAUCCGCACGAGUUUCGACGAGCUGUAUCGCGUGAUGUCAUGGCGCGAGGAGUUUCGCUGGAUGAUGCUGCGGAUCAAGCGCAUGGAGGAGCCAUGGGUCGGCGCCAUCCGCUCCCUCGCCACCAAACAAAACCUCCACAACCGCAAGCGCAAAAAGAUCCUGGUGCACCUGGGUCUGCUGACGAAGGAGUCUGGUUUUAAGAUAGCGGAGAACGCGUUCAGCGGCGGCCCUCUGGGCGAGCUGGUUCAGUGGAGUGACCUGAUCACCACGCUGUAUCUGCUCGGACACGACAUCCGCAUCUCAGCGUCUCUCGCUGAGCUCAAGGAGAUCAUGAAAAAGGUCAUGGGCAACAAGUCCAGCUGCCCUACAAAGGGUGAUAAAAUUGUGGAGCUCAUCUACAUAGACAUCGUGGGUCUGGCUCAGUUCAAGAAGACUCUGGGCCCGUCCUGGGUCCAUUAUCAGUGCAUGCUGAGGGUCCUAGACUCGUUCGGGACAGAGCCGGAGUUUAACCACGCCCACUACGCCCAGUCGAAAGGGCACAAAACUCCGUGGGGCAAGUGGAACCUGAACCCCCAGCAGUUCAACACCAUGUUUCCUCACACUCCAGAUAACAGCUUCCUGGGCUUCGUGGUGGAGCAGCACCUGAACGCCAGCGACGUCAAGCACAUCGACGACAUCAAACGGCAAAACCAGUCGCUGGUUUACGGCAAGGUGGACAACUUCUGGAAAGAUAAAAAGAAAUACUUGGACGUCAUUCAUUCGUACAUGGAGGUGCACGGCACGGUCCACGGCACGAGUACAGUCCACCUGCCGGCCUACGUGAAGAACCACGGCAUCCUGAGCGGACGCGACCUCCAGUUCCUCCUGCGCGAAACCAAGCUUUUUGUGGGACUGUCCUUGAAACUGCGCCGGGGCCCAUCAGUCCCUCACGCGCAUCUGUCCCUGCAGAGACUACAUGAAAGGACAGGUGGCGCUGUGCAAGGACUGCUUAUAACACGCACAGUUCGACAACUCCAUACGACUCCAAAAACUGGACAGGACCGGACUGUUACAUAG